GCGACGUGGGUCGAAGCGCUCGAAAGGAGGUCGCCGCCAUGUCGUCGGACUGCAGCGUCCCGCUCGAGAUGGCCGAGGGCGAGAAUGCCGGCGACGUCUUCAACCUGCUCUGGCCAGUCGCCGGCGCGCCCGACAUCCGCAACGUGGCCAUGAGCAUGCUUACGCUCAAGCGCGCGGCCAACGACUGGCCGGCAACCGAUGGGUGGCCGUUGGACGUGACAUGCGACGAGCCCAUGCAUGAGGACAGUACAGGUGCCCAUCUCCGAGAUGCGUGCCCAGUCAAGCUUGUGGAUGCAUCCACGAUCGACCUCAGCGUGCUUUGCAGCCUCUCGCACCUGCGCGACUCGGACGACGGGCUCAACAUGUCAUCGUCGUCGUCCGAGGACGAUGGCUCGCCGCUGCUGUCGGACGACGAAGACGAGAGCGACGCGCCAUCGACGCUCCGUGCAAAGCGAGAGCGUACUGACGACGAAGACGACUCGGAUUUCAUGGCGCGCGUCCAGAAGGUCCGGCGGUCGGCGUCGAAAAGCAGGCGCUUCCGCGCAGUCGACAUUCUGCCGUGCAAGCACCCGGGGUGUACCAAAGGCGCCCGAUCGCGCGGCCUCUGCAAGCGACACGGCGGCGGGAAGCGGUGUUCGGUCGACGACUGCGCGCGCAGCGACCAAGGCGGCGGCUUUUGCAUAAAGCACGGUGGCGGGCGGCGAUGUGCGGUGGAAGACUGCAAAAACUCGUCCCAGUCGCGAGGCCUCUGCAAGCGGCAUGGCGGGAUUCGCCCGCGUCGGCGCAACCCAUCGUGACGACGACCAAUGCUUAAUUAUCGACACCCUGCUCUAUUUACCACCUGCACCACCAUCAUACGUCCUGCACAAUCGAGCCUGUCUGUCGCCUUGCGUAUUCAGCGACGUCCCACGGCUCUAUGGCGGCAAGUCGCUCCGACAUCAGACAGUGCGUCGGAAUGGCAAGCCCAUUGAUGAUCCCGUAACCGGACAGUAUGUGUCGAGCC